CUGUUGACGAUGUUUGACACUUCACAAUAUUAUUGGACUUUUAUAAUAUUGGUGUGAAUUUAUUUAAUUAUUUCCAAGACACAUAAAAUAAUACUAUACGAAUAUAUAUCUAAUAAUUUAACUACAGCCCGCCACCACAAUGGCCGAAGUUAAAGAGAACAGUGAAAAUCCCCUCGAUAUAGAUGGAAGUAACUUCAAUCCCGAUUUGUACCUAGAUCGUCUCAUGAAACAUGCAAAUUUAAAGCAAAUAAUGGACAAGGAAGCUGAAAUUGUUACCCAGAGUCAGUUUCUGCAAUCGGAGAUGCAAACUUUAGUUUAUGAAAACUAUAACAAGUUCAUUUCAGCAACAGAAACCGUAAGAAAAAUGCGUUCAGAUUUCCAAAUCAUGCAAGAAGAAAUGAAUAAAUUGAGCGACAACAUGAAUAAAAUAACGACAUUCAGCGCACAGAUUUCCGAAUCAUUAAAAGAAAGUGGUAAUAAUGUAAGUAGAUUGUGUGGGACAAGACAGCUGCUGGACAAAUUACAAUUCUUAUUUCUGCUGCCCUCACAGCUAAAUAAAGCAAUCAUAGAAAAUCGUUACGCAGACGCCGUCCACGACUAUACACACGCUCAAAGAGUCCUAUUGAAGUAUGGAAAUCAACCUUCAUUUCAAAGCAUCCAGACAGAAUGCUAUGAAAUAAUUUCUGAACUAAAAAAAACUUUAAGAGACAGAUUACUCAAUCCUGACGCAUCUGCAUCAGAGCUUGUUGAAAGUGUAGGGCUGUUGAGACAGCUGCAAGAAACUGACUCAUCUCUCCAGGACAUAUUCUUAAACUGUGCUGAGAAUAGACUCGAUAAACAUUUGCAGACUUUGAGUGCAAUGGUAGAGAUCACAGACAUUUUAGAGUGGGUUGAAAAAUGUAAUAAUUCACUUCUAGCUGAUAUAGGUAUUGUUAUAUCAUGUUAUCAUGAAUUAUUCCAGAAUAGUAAUACUACUCUCCCAGAAUUUGCUAACAAGGUUAUGACCCAAGUAUUCCACUUAUUUGAAGAAGUCAUGAAAAGGCCAGAAAACAAUGGAACAGAAAUCUUGGUAAGAGGUCUAGAUAAGUUUUUUAGAAAGUUGCAAGCAAUGAGAGAAAUAAUUUCAAGUGAUACAAUGUCCGAUAAGGCUGUAGAGGUCGUAAUUCAGUGUAUCAACCAGAAGGCUACAGGGCAGUACCAAUCUAUACAGACUCAGUUCAAAGACAGCCUAAUGAGAGUGAGACAGUCUCUCGCCAGUAAAGGCACAGAGAAUGCGGACCUCAAAGAUAUCCUGAAUUCUCUACAAGUUUAUCUGAUGCAGAAAGUUCAAGCAUCACUUCUAGAUCUUAUGGCAUUCCUACAAAAUAAUCUGUCAUUCGGUUUGAAACCUUGGUGUGUGAAAGCGGUUGCUGAUGCCUGUUGGAUGGUAAUCUCGGAGACAAUGGUCAACUUAUCCGACAUGGUUAAGAAAAUGGCUGGGCCUCAAAGCUCAAAUAACAUUCCAUUUGAAUUACUCCUAAUCCUAGCCAAGUUAUGUCUGGAGAUGCAAGAGAAUGGAGUGACCACACUGCACAGUCAUCUCCUGAAACUUUUGGAGGAAGCAGCCCCUGGGGUGACGAUAGAGAACCGCGACACGAGCGGCGUGACCGUGUGCCUGUCUAGUGCGGCGCAGGCGGCGCUGGACGCGGAGGUGGCGCACAUCGGGCAGACGGCGGCCCAGAUGCUGCGCGUGUCGGUGCUGGCGCGAGACUGGCUGCGCGCCCCGGAGCCGCGCGGACCGCGCGCCGUGUGCCGCCGCGUCGUGGAGACGCUCGCCGGCGCCGACGCCGCCGCCGCGCAGCUGUUCCCCGCGAGCGUCAAGCCGUCGAGCGACUCCAGCCGACGUACUAUCUGGUCGCGGACGACGACCGCUUUCUCGCCGAUUAACCGGCUGUUCUCGGAGCGGAUCGAGGUGUUCGGGCCGGCGGGCGCGGACCGCGGCGCGCUGGCAGAGGGCGCGCUCAAGGUGGCACUGAAGGCGCUGGUGGAGUGCGUGCGGGUGCGCACGUUCGGGCGGCACGGGCUGCAGCAGCUGCAGGUGGACGCGCACUUCCUGCAGGCGCGGCUGGCGGCGGCCGCCCCGCCGCGCACCGAGCGCCUGCUCACGGCGCUGCUGGAGGACGCGCUCGCCUCCGCGCAGCUGCGCUGUGUCGACCCGCAGCUUAUGGAGCCCAGCAUAGUCGACAUUAUAUGCGAGAGAGGUUAAACCAACCAUUUGAACGGGUUAGGGUUGCCAACGUUGAUCGAUAGUUCGGCAACACAGCAUGUGUAUAUUUCGCCUAAAUUAUGUAUGUGUAUGAAAUAAAAUAAAAAUACAUUACUGA